GUUUCAAACCGUCUGGAUAAUAGAAGUGUGUCAACAACAAUAUACAACGGCGGCAAGUUCAAUGCUGAACCUUUGAACCAGUGAUCAUAAUAAAGACAAAAGAAUUUGUUUUCGGCGGUUGAUUGCGUAUCGGCGUUGUAUAGUGGCUACAUGUAGCUGAUAUUAACCAAUCAGAUUGCUCCAAAUCCACUAGGCCACACCCUCUUUGUUAUUGACAGGUGAUUUGACCUGAGUUUGACAGGCUGAGUGAAGUUAUCCACUACAUGUAGUAAACAGAAUAAUAACAAGAUCUAUAGAACUCUAACAGUAAACAACCUGUUCAUUCAUACAUGUAUGUCAAUUAAAAGUUGCAGUAAUUAGGAAGGAAGAAUGAAUAUAGCGUGUGAUUCAUUAAGUUGUGAUGACAGUGAUGGUGAUAAUAAUUUUAACAUACACAAGAAGAGAAAGAUGACCGACCAACAAUCUUGUCUUUCAAAUUCAUCUUUUACUAACAAUAACGAGAUGGUUUUUGGUCGACAUUUUCUACCAGUUAGAAAUAGCACUCAUGUGUUCCAUACAGAGGAAUGGAAGACGAGUGGUACAGCUUUAUUUAAACCUCUAGAAGAAGAUUUAUUAAUUAAUGUCAAUAAGCUGGAUCAGAUUAGUUGUGUUGAAGGAAAUUAUUUCGUAGCUGAUGAAAGUGGUAAUUACUCUGAAACCGUUUUAGGAAAAGUUUUACAUUUAUGGAGGUAUGAUAAACAGGGGAGACAACUCUACAUAUCAAGAUCAUUACUCUUCACAAAUCUUCAGGAAUAUCUUGUUGUUCAGCAUUAUUUACAGAGGAUCUGAUGACAGUGAGAUAUAAUAGUGUAAAUAACGAUAGACGUGAACCAAUUAUCUAAUCAAGCUAUGUGUACACUGUAUAAUCUAACAAAGCAUCAAUCUUAC